CUAUAGGCAUAGUAAUAAAUUAUAUUUCGGAUGCUAAAAGUACGCUUUUGUCUCCUCCUUAAUUUCAGCCUUUCAUCUAACCACAACCAUGUCUGUUUGGGAUGACUUGGACCUCCUCUUAGACUCCCCCUCCUCUCUGACUGUCACUUCCAAUGUCAGAGGGACUGUGAAGGACAAGGCUAACUUCAAAGUGGAAGAAGAUGUGUCUGCACUACGGAAAGCCAUCGAGGGUAUCGGUACGACAGAAAAGACACUGAUUGAGGUGCUGACCCAAAGAAGUAAUGCUCAACGUCAGAUCAUUGCCAAGGCUUAUCACAAAGCCGCAGGACGGACAUUAGUAGCUGACCUAGAGGGCGACACUCACGGACACUUUGAGGACCUGCUGGUUGCCUUGGUAACGCCUCCUGAUGUUUAUGAUUGUCAUGAAGUCAUCGCAGCCAUCAAGGGUGCAGGAACCACAGAGAGUACGCUGACUGAAAUCUUUGCCUCAAGAUCCAACAGACAAAUCAAGGCUAUUUCUGAAGCAUACCUUGCAGAAACUGGAAAAUCAUUGAUUCAUGAUUUGAAGUCAGAGGUGUCUGGAGAAUAUGGCACAGCACUGCUCAUCUUGGCCGAGGGAAAGAGAGACGAGAGCACCAGUGUGGAUGCAGCCAAAGCUAAAGCAGAUGCUAAGGCGAUGUAUGAAGCAGGGGAGAAGAAAUGGGGAACCGAUGAGGCCAAGUUUAUAGACAUCUUGUGCCACAGAAGCAUUCCUCAGCUUCGACAAACUCUGGUUGAGUACAAGAACCUUAGUAAGAAGACUCUGCAGGAGAGCAUUGAGAGUGAGAUGUCUGGAAACCUGGAGAAAAUACUAGUGGCUGUUGUGAAGUGUGCAAAGAGCGUCCCUGUGUACCUUGCUGAGAGGCUUUUCAAGAGUAUGAAGGGUGCAGGGACUACAGAGUCAACUCUGACCAGAAUACUUGUCAGUCGCUCAGAGAUGGAUCUGCUGGACAUUAGAGCCGAGUACAAGAAGCUGUUUGGAUGUUCCCUCUACAGCCAGUUAGAGUCUGAAGUUUCUGGCAGUUAUGGUGACGCCCUCAAGCAUCUCUGUGGCCAAGAUGACUAACUCCCCCAAACCGCUGUGAUGAGAAACACGUGUUGUGAAUUGAAGCUUUUCCCCAAAGCAGGUGGGGGAGAACUGCAUCCAAAGAUGAGGAUGACCAGUCGCUGACCUUCACAAUAGCGUGAUAUAUUUGCUAGAGCAUGGCUGGAACUAAACAUUGAGAAAUGCUUGUUAAAGUGGAAUUCCAGCAAUGUUCAACCCAACAUUUAUAUCAUUAAACUGUAGUGCUGUGCCUUAAGAAGAGGGUUAUUCAUGGAUAUGAAGAGGGGGAAUGCCUUAUUCCAUGUGACUGAUAGCUUGUAGUUAACUAAACAUCUACUUUUCAUGAUAUUGUAUAAUGUAAUAGAUCAUACACACAAAUAAAUGACUGUCCUUAUUUUCAAAUAUAAGCAAAGUGAUACUGUUUUCUGUGUCUUAAUGAGUGAUAAAAGAGAUACUUUGAGA